AUGUCUGAUUUUCUAGCCUGGAAACGCGUUAACAAUGACAAGGAGGAACGUGAGAAGGCGCUGCGUGACUGUCUUCCAGCUGAUUAUGCAUUCGUGUUGACUGAUCAUUACUCAGAUCGGAAAAAGAAGGAAAUCAUUUAUGAAUCGGAAGUGUUCAGAUACCUGCUGGAGCGAUCUGUGCUGCAAAGGAUGUUGCUGAACGAAACCAACGAUACCUUGGUUCUGGAAGAAACUGACCGAAGACCAGCGACGACCACCGAAGCUGUGUCCAUGAAUGAUUUUCUGGUCAGCAACAAAUUUAAGAACUCUCAUAUGGCUUACAAUACUUGGAUGGCUCAUACAAACGUCACAAACCGCAGGAUUCCGUUCAAUCCACAAAUCCAUAACAUGCAAGGGAAGCAUAGGUACAAAAGGCAAUCGGACGGUGGAAUCGAUUUGUGUCCCACUUCCGGAAGUUUCGUCCAACCAAAAGCUGCCAUGAAUGCUCAGGGAAACUGGAAAUAUGUGGUCAAUCUCGGAGAAACAGCUUCGAGGUUCGUCCAACUCGUGCGUGCCGAAAUUUGCUCGUCUUCCGAGUGCAGAGGAACUUGCGAAGUUCCCCUGGGAUUCCGAGCAACUUGCCGCCAGCAAUACGUACAAAAGCGACUCGUCUCGUUGGAAGGGGACGGGGUUCUAUCAACGGACUUGUUCUGGUUCCCGCAUUGCUGCACUUGUCAAAUAAGAAGGAUCUGAACCCCGGAAAUUACAACACUUCCGAAGGAUAUCAUUCUUUACUUUGCAGACUUUCUUCUGUUUUUCGAGGAAUGCACGUUUCUUUGAUGGUCUGAUAUGUUUGCUCAUUUCUGCGGAGUGGACCGGAAGAAAAACUAGACCGACGCGCUUGAUCACCGAUAUUUUUCUUGAAUGAUCGGGGAUAUCGUGAUGGAAGAAGAAAAGUUUGGUCAACUGUAUUCUGAAUUCAACAGUUCUAUAUUCGCACUCAUAUAAUGAGCACGCGAACGUAUAACAAUUUCACUGGAGAGGCGUGAAAAAAAAUCAAUGAUAUGACAUGUGUGUAUCAGAAAACGCGAAAAUUUAUUCGAAACUCAAACUUUCAUAUGAAGCUGAAAUUAUUACGGAGAAUCGCUCGCUUCAUCGGUGAACAAAAACCAUGAUAACUUCGAGAACCUCAUUAAAAAAGGCUUUUACAAAUCCCCGAAACCAGAAUUUUGAGAAGCUGAAAAUAAUUUCCCAAAAAGUAUUAAAUUGACGAAAACACGUGAGCUGUUACGUGAGCAAAACCGAACCGC